UCUAAAAUCCCAAUUAUUUCCCGUCGCGUGAAACUGGACGAAAAUCCUAAAAAGAAAACGUCAAUCCUUUUGUUUCUCCAUCUCUUCCAUCUCCGCCGGCUGGUCUCGGAUCAAUAUUCUGAUUUUUCUGAAACGAUGACAUUUAUCAGCUGAGGUUAUGAAGGCUUUAAAUAUUCCUAGAGGAGUACGUCGUGUGCUUUUCCGAACAUCAAAUACUGACAGUGCACAGUUUGUAUUCUGUAUUUUUAUUUUCUUUGGUCGUCUCUCCGGUCGUCUCUCCCUCAAUCCGUGGCAACCUCUCUACAUCACUCAGGAUUACUUUUGAGAAGCAUUGUUGGAAACGAUCAUUGUCAACUAUCUGAUUGCAAUGGACAAAGAUUGGCUAACAUUUUCGAGACCAUCAACAGAAUACAGAGAGGGUGCACAAAAGUUUGUACAAGUAGCUAAAGAAUAUGGAGGAAAUCGAGAUAAGAUCAUUUGCCCGUGUAUAAUAUGUCAAAACCAAUGUUUUCAACUACCUGCGAUUGUGUAUGAACACUUGGUUAUAAAUGGAAUAGAUCCUUCAUAUACUACUUGGGUGUUCCAUGGUGAACAAGAACCUAUUCUUCAACAACAUGACUAUGACAACGUGACAGAAACAUAUCAGAUGUAUAGGGAUGUCUUGGCUGAAGAUGAUGGAACUGGAAAAGCAAACUUGCUAAUUGGAGAUGAGAAUUUCAAACAAAAGGUUGAAGAAGCUGAAGCUCCUUUAUAUGAAGGUUGUACGAAAUACACAAAGUUGUCAGCAACUGUAGUUUUAUACAAGAUUAAAGCUUCAAAUGGUGCAACAGAUAAGCUUUUUGACGAGCUCCUCCAAGCCUUAAAGGACAUGUUUCCGGAAGGUUGGUAAACGUAAUAAUCACAUUUACAAAGGAGUUUCUGCAAAGGUGUUGCGCUACUUUCCUAUUAUACCAAGAUUUAAGCGAAUGUUUAAGGAUGAUGACAUGGCCAAAGACUUAACAUGGCAUCAUACCAACAAAAGUCAGGAUGGUAAGAUGCGACAUCCAGUUGAUUCGCCAGCAUGGGAGUCUAUUGACACUAGAUAUCCUGAUUUUGCCUCAGAUCCACGAAACUUGAGACUUGGUUUAGCUACCGAUGGAUUUAACCCAUUCCGCCAGCUAAGCUCUAGAUAUAGUUGUUGUCUAGUUAUAUUAGUUACAUACAAUCUUCCUCCAUGGUUAGCCAUGUCGAAAGAGAAUUUGAUGUUGACGUUAAUAAUUCCUGGGAAGAAACAACCCGGAAAUGAUAUUGAUGUUUACUUGCAACCACUCAUAGAAGAUUUAUGUGUGUUAUGGAAUGAAGGAGUGGGUGUAUUUGAUGCAACUACAAAUUCUACUUUCAAUUUGAGGGCUAUUUUGAUGUGGACAAUCAGUGAUUAUCCCGCUUAUGGUAACUUGGCUGGAUGUUUUACAAAGGGCAGGUUUGCUUGUGUGGCAUGUGGUGCUAACACGCGAUCUUUGAGGUUGCCGUUUAGUAAGAAGCAUGUAUAUACCGGCAAUAGAAGAUUUCUUCCACCUUCUCAUGAGUUUCGCAAGAAGGGUAAAUGGUUUGAUGGGAAUGAUGAUAUUGGGCAAAAACCAAGGGUAUUGACAGGUGAAGAAGUUUUAUAUGCUUCCGAAGGCACAAAAAGGCACAAAAAGGAAGAUGAGUGUAAAGAAAGGUGUACAGACAACAGGAAGUGAUCCUAUUAACAUAUGGAAAAAGAAAUCAAUUUUCUUUGAUUUGCCGUAUUGGAAGAAAUUAUGUUUGAGGCAUAAUUUGGACAUCAUGCACAUAGAGAAAAAUGUUUGUGAAAGUAUUGUUGGCACAUUGCUACAUAUUAAAGGUAAAUCAAAGGAUGGACUUAAUUGUCGUAAAGAUUUAAAGGAAUUGGGUAUUCGGCAUGAUUUAUGCAUAACUGAAGAGAAAGGAAAAAAGACGAAACUACCUCCAGCACUUUACAACUUCUCUAAAGUAGAGAAACAUAUUUUCUGUAAGAGGUUGUUCGAUAUGAAGGUACCGGAUGGUUAUAGCUCAAAUAUUAGUAAUUGUGUGGAUCUAAGUGAAUGCAAUCUAAUUGGACUCAAGUCCCAUGAUUGUCAUGUCCUAAUGCAACAAUUGUUGCCAGUAGCAAUAAGAGGUCUUUUGCCUAAAGGUCCAAGACAUGCAAUCUUUCGGUUGUGUGUAUUUUUCCACGAACUCUGUCAAGGACUUAUUGACAAAAGUAAGCUGGAAGUAUUGGAGAAUGAGGUUGCAGAAACAAUAUGCAUGCUUGAAAAGUAUUUUCCACCUUCUUUCUUUGAUAUUAUGAUUCACCUUACAAUCCAUUUAGCGAGGGAAGAUAGGCUAUGUGGACCUGUUCAUUAUCGUUGGAUGUAUCCUUUUGAAAGAUUUAUGAAGGUGUUAAAGGAUUAUGUUAGAAAUCGAGCACGACCAGAGGGGUCUAUGGUAGAGUGUGUCUUAGCUGACGAGUGUGUGAAAUUUUGUAGUAAGUACAUAAAACAAGCUGAAAAUAUCAGUUUACGACAUAACCGAUAUGAGGAUGAAUCAAUUGUUAUUGGGAAUCCUAUUUCAGCUGGUGUGACAAUGACCAUGUCUUCAGAAAUGUACCAAAUUGCUCAUCGUUACAUAUUGUUUAAUAGCUCAGAAGCUGAGCCAUAUCGAAAAAUGCAUGUUGAGGAGCUUAAGUAUUCAGAUCCGAGCCUUGUAGGCAAAUUGAACAAGCUACAUAGGAUGCAUGCAACACAAUUUUCAUCUUGGCUCCGCAAUAAGGUUAUUGCACUGGGAGACACAAGUGUAUCGGACAUGUUAAAGGGGCUUGCAUUUGGACCGAUAACACAAGUAAUGUCAUAUUCAAGAUAUGUUGUAAAUGGAAGGCGUUUUUGUACAAGAGCAAGUGAAAAGACUACACAAGACAGUGGUGUUUAUCUUGAAGCUGAAACAUCGGUCAAUGGCACCGAAGAGAUUAAAAAGGUUUUAUACUAUGGGGUGAUUCAAGAGAUUCUAGUGAUGGACUAUUACACGUUUCGGGUCCCCAUAUUUAAAUGUGAUUGGGUGAAUACUAGUAAUGGCAUUAAGGUUGAUGAUGGAUUUACUUUGGUCAACCUGCAUCGUCUAAAUCAAUUUCAAAAUGAUCCAUUUAUUCUCGCUUCACAGGCCAAACAAGUAUUUUAUUCAAGAGAGAGUGAAACGUCUGAUUGGUAUGUUGUUCUAAAAGCACCUCCAAAAGGGUUCCAUGACUUGGGAAAGUUUGACGAGGAUGCUUACAUGUCAUAUGCCCCAUUAGAUGUUUAUAAACUUGAUGAUUGUGUAGGUGAUGAAGAUGAAGGUUAUGUUCGGGUAGAUUGUGAGGCCAUUCCUGUGUAAAACUAGACUAUUAUUGAAUG